AUGAGGACGAGGCUGGCGGAUAGGCUCGGCAGCGAACGCGAAAUGAAGAAAUUGGUUCCCGUCUGCGCCGGUCUUGUUGCGUGUAGCUUCGACAACGUCAACUUGGAUGUGAACAGGCAUUUUGGAGGUAGUAGCCAUGUCGAUCUAGUGGCAGCAAUUGCCUACCAUCAUACCUCGGCGUCACGGAGGCAGAGGGCGGAGUUACCGCAACGACCCCCAAAGUUGAACUUCGUCCGCGAUUUCGGGACCAGCGAACCGAGAAUGGUGUUGACCUGGGAGCGCUUCAGGGCACAGGUCCUCGCGUGUGUGCAGGAACGUGCUGUGGAAGAAGAUGGUGAUUUUGAGGUGCGGUUGGCGAGAAGAGUGAUCCGUGACGCUGCACCCGAGGAAAGGGUGGGUGUGGAGGGCCGCCGUAUACCUGAGGAAGUCACAACAAAAUAUCUAGGUGUGAUUGACGUGACAACCAAGGUGGUGAAGGACAUCGUGACCUUCCUGGACGGCCUCCAACACGUGAUCCACAUAGGCGCAGAGGGCGGGCGAGGUCGAGCAGUCGUAGCGGGGGAUCAAGAGACAUUUACCCUGGUACAUAAAGCGAAGAAACAAUUCGGCGCCAAGUAUGACUGGGUGUUGCCGUGGAUUGGCGACUGGCACCUACUGGAGCACACCCUAGACGUCCUGUUCAGGAAGUGGGGGGGGGGUUGCAUUAUUCCACUUGCAAAGGCUGCUGAUGCCUACACCAAAAAGUUGGAGUCCAAGAAUUACCACAAGCGGUACUUUGCCUUUAGGAGAAUCCUGGAGGCGCUGUGGGGAGCCUGUGUCGGCGAGAUCAAGUCGCAACACAGCACUGACGGGCCCGUGGGGGCCGAGGAGCUGCUUGGGCGUCUUGUGCAAUACCGCGGAAGCACCAAGCACAAGACAUUUGGGCAAUGGGCAGAGCUCCUGCUCGAUGAUGGCAUGGCGUACCUUGCGGUCUACAUCUCAAUACGGGUGGGCGACUUUGACCUACGCGAGGCGGCAAUCCGCCAAAUCGCACCGCUGUUCUUGGGCUACAAAAAAAAACUGUACCACGCCUUGACCAUCCAACACCUCGCCGACAUUGUGAACUUGCGCCCCUCGGAACGGGAGUUUUUGCGCGGGAUGUUUAGCUUAUCGCUCGCUGGGAAUCCCGGAAAGAAUGUUGGUCUCGACGAGAUCCAAGAGAUGACCAUGAACAAGGAGAUCAAACAAGCGGCGCAUGGGACCGAUGUAAGCAUCGGCGUGUACGAACGGAAGCUCCACGCUAGUCACCAUCGCACCAUACUCGUAAAGAAGGUGUUCGACAUGCUCACUGCCGCGGGGAGUCCGAUCAAGCUUACCGAUGAAAAGGGGCGCCUCUCGUGUGUGAUUGACGUGACAACCAAGGUGGUGAAGGACAUCGUGACGUUCCUGGACGGCCUCCAACACGUGAUCCACAUAGGCGCAGAGGGCGGGCGAGCUCGAGCAGUCGUAGCGGGGGAUCAAGAGACAUUUACCCUGGUCCAUAAAGCGGAGAAACAAUUCGGCGCCAAGUAUGACUGGGUGUUGCCGUGGAUUGGCGACUGGCACCUACUGGAGCACACCCUAGACGUCCUGUUCAGGAAGUGGGGGGGGUUUUGCGUUAUUCCACUUACAAAGGCUGCUGAUGCCUACACCAAAAAGUUGGAGUCCAAGAAUUACCACAAGCGGCACUUUGCCUUUACGGGAAUCUUGGAGGCGCUGUGGAGAGCCUGUGUCGGCGAGAUCAAGUCGCAACACAGCACUGACGGGCCCAUGGGGGCCGAGGAGCUGCUUGGGCGUCUUGUGCAGUACCGCGGAAGCACCAAGCACAAGACAUUUGGGCAAUGGGCAGAGCUCCUGCUCGAUGAUGGCAUGGCGUACCUUGCGGUCUACAUCUCAAUACGGGUGGGCGACUUUGACCUACGCGAGGCGGCAAUUCGCCAAAUCGCACCGCUGUUCUUGGACUACAAUAAAAACCUGUACCACGCCUUGACCAUCCAACACCUCGCCGACAUUGCGAACUUGCGCCCAUCGGAACGGGAGUUUUUGCGCGGGAUGUUUAGCUUGUCGCUCGCUGGGAAUCCCGGAAAGAACGUUGGUCUCGACGAGAUCCAAGAGAUGACCAUGAACAAGGAGAUCAAACAAGCGGCGCAUGGGACCGAUGUAAGGUACCUCCAACGGCUUGCCCUAACGCUGCAGACUAUGAACAACGCAGCUCGUGCAUGGAAAGAGUCGUUUGGCAGCAUCGGCGUGUACGAACGGAAGCUCCACGCUAGUCACCAUCGCACCAUACUCGUAAAGAAGGUGUUCGACAUACUCACCGCCGCGGGGAGUCCGAUCAAGCUUACCGAUGAAAAGGGGCGCCUCUCCGUCAUAUCAGCUGAUGGCGGUAUCGCACUCCCGCACCUCGAGAAAAGAAUGCUCAGAGCUCGCGAAACUUUGACAUCUAUGAUCAGACCUUGGUCAUGGAGGAGUUUACUGCCGGACAGCUAG